UAUGUGUCUCCUUUAUCACUUAGACUGCUGGAGUGGGAAUAUUAGGAAGCUUGGUGUUGCCGGCGUCAAAUCCUUUUUCUUUUUCGGAGAAAAAUUUGCAGGAUUCAAACCACAGUAAUGGCGGAUCAGAGUACUGAGGAGAAGGUUGUUGAUCGCUCGCUCAUGGAUAACUUAUCGGAAAAGUUGCAUGGUCAUCAUUCUUCUUCUUCAUCUGAUGAUGAUGAUGAGAAGCCGACGACAAUUUCUUCCUCGAUUAACAGACUCUUUGGGAGACAGAAAUCUGUGCACAGUCUAAUCGGCGGAGGAAAGGCUGCUGAUUUAGUGUUGUGGAGGAAUAAACAAACGUCUGCUAGUUUUCUGGUUGGGGCGACUGUGCUGUGGAUUCUGUUUGAAGGCAUGGAAUAUCCGCUACUCACAUUUGUAUGCCAUGUGCUGAUUCUCUCACUAGUGAUCUUGUUCAUUUGGAUUAAUUCUGCUGCCUUCUUGAAAAGGUCGCCCCCGCAUAUCCCUGAAGUUGUUAUUUCAGAGGACACAACUCGUCACAUUGCGUCUGAGCUAAGAGUUGAAGUCAACAGAGCCUUUUCAAGCUUACAUGAUGUUGCAUCUGGGAAGGACUUCAAGAAGCUUCUAUUGGUUGUUGCUGUUCUGUAUGUUCUAUCUGUUAUCGGCAAUUGCUGUGACUUUUUGACUGUUGUUUAUAUUGGGCUUGUUACUCUACUCACUGUACCUGUUGUGUAUGAAAAAUAUGAAAAUCAAAUAGAUUCAGUUGUUCACAAAGUGCUGCUCAAAUUGAAGGAGCAGUACAAGGUCUUUGAUGCCAAAGUUUUGAGCAAAAUACCAAGGGGACCACUGAAAGAAAAGAAACUUUCAUAGGACUUCUGUGUUCGAUGUUAACUUAGAGGAGUUUUCCUUCGCAGUCCUCUUUUGGCUGCAGGAUUCAUUUCUGCUUUUAUUGUACGUAAUUUGGGCAGUUAUGAGUUAUAUAUCUGUAGCUUGGUUGUUUUAUAGUAGGGUAUAUCCAACUGUUUCACUCCCAGCUCUGGAGUCAUUUUCAUUCUGAAAAAUACUCUCAACGUUUACUUAGUUUUUAGUCAUUCAUCUUCCAAGGGUGGUGGCCAUUGGUGUCCAAAGAGUAGUAAUGUUCCAGAAACGCGACUGGUCAAAGUAAUUUCUUAUGGCACUUAAUAUUAUCAAUUAGGUUUGUACA